CAACAUUCAAGUCCCGAGGUCUGGUACCAAACACGCAGACACGCAGCUGCAGCAGGCGGGCGGCUCCAGCGCGGGGCCGGGCAGCGGAGGCGGCUGGGGCGGGGCGGCCCCGGCAGGUGACGGUCGCGCCGGCUCCGAGCGGCUCCAUUGCCCCCGACGGACGGGCCGGGCUGCGAGGCGGUGCCCGGGAACGGCGCCGCACGCCUGCCUCAGGGCCUCUUGUCGGGCGCGGCGUCCGGCGGCGGCGCGGCGGGGCCGUGUGGGGCCGCGGGCGGCUGGAAGAGCGGCCCGUAGAUGUAAAGCCCGCUGGCCACGCCGAGCGCCACGGCCACCGCCACGUGCUGCAGCGGCAGCCGCCCCCUCAUGCCGGCAGGCGGCUCUGCCACGAUCACGGACACGCGUGGGGCGGGCGGGGGCGCAGUGCGGUGCGGCGCGGCCCCGGCUCGGCUUAAGCCCGCGGCCCCAGCGCCCUCACCUGAACGCGGGACGCGGCAGAGCCCCGGCUUCCCGCUGGCUGCAGGCACCGGACGGAAGUACCGACGCUGUCCCGCCUCCCGCGGUCGCGCAUGCCCCGGCGGGGGAGGCGGCAGGGGAGCUGCGGGUGCGGAUGCCGGAGGCGGUGAGGCUCCGCAAGCGGCGGUCGGUGCUGUACAGCUCGGCCGGGGGAACAGCCGCCCAGCGACGCGCCGGUGCGGCCGCGCCCGCGCCGCUGCUGGUGCUCGCCCUGGCGCUGCGGACGCUCAAUUGCUUCCUCGUCCAGACCAGCUUCGUCCCGGACGAGUACUGGCAGUCGCUGGAGGUGGCCCAUCGCAUGGUCUUCAGUUAUGGUUACCUGACUUGGGAAUGGACAAGUAGCUUAAGGGGCUACUCGUACCCACUGAUCUUUGCAAGCAUGUACAAAGCAUUACAGCUGCUGGCUAAGGAUAAUGUUCAGCUGCUGAUCUGGGUCCCUAGGCUUGCACAGGCAGUGCUGGCUGCUUUUGCUGAUGUGAAGCUUUACUCAUUAGUGCAACACCUUGAAAAUUCAGAAACGGCAAAGUUCGUGUUCUUCUGCCAACUCUGUUCGUGGUUUACAUGGUAUUCCUGUACCAGAACUCUAACAAACACCAUGGAGACUAUUCUUACCAUUUUUGCUCUUUCCUACUAUCCGAUAAAAGGCUCCAAGAUGGGGAACAGUUGUAAGUAUUUAGCUUUGGUUGCACUUGCCAUUGUUAUUCGUCCCACUGCUGUUAUCCCAUGGAUGCCUUUGGUCUUCAGCCAUUUUUUGCAAGAACGGAGGAAAGCAGACCUUAUCCUACACAACUGCAUUCCAGUUGGAUUGGUCACAAUAGGAACCUCUUUAAUAAUUGACCGUGUGUUUUUUGGUGAGUGGGUACUGGUUCAGCUGAACUUCUUGAAAUUCAACGUGCUGCAGAAUUUGGGAACAUUUUAUGGCUCUCACCCUUGGCACUGGUACUUCACUCAGGGACUCCCAGUUGUCCUGGGUCCCCACCUGCCGUUCUUUAUUCACGGCUGUGCGCUGGCACCAAGGCAGUACCGCAUCCUUCUGCUGGCAGUGAUCUGGACACUGCUGGUGUACAGCACACUGAGCCAUAAGGAAUUCAGGUUCAUCUAUCCAGUACUGCCAUUCUGCAUGAUUUUUUGUGGAUAUUCUUUGAGAUACCUGAAAGCAUGGAAGAAAACUGCAGCAAGUUUCCUGCUGUUAUCCAAUUUAGUCCCAGCCCUGUACACAGGCUUGGUUCACCAGCGGGGCACUCUGGAUGUUAUGAGUCACAUCCAGCAGCUCUGCAAUCACUCUCAGCAGUCCCAAGCUUUUGUCUUCAUCCUGAUGCCGUGCCACUCGACCCCAUUUUACAGUCAUGUUCACUGUCCUCUAAAAAUGAGAUUCCUUCAGUGUCCCCCAAACCUAACUGGCAAUGCGAGCUACGUUGAUGAAGCAGAUGUGUUUUACUCUAACCCACUUGGCUGGCUGAAUAAGGAGUUCUACAAUGACACGUUAUUACCCACUCACUUAAUCCUCUUCAAUGUGCUAGAACAGGAAAUAUCAUCAUUUCUUGCUUUAAGGGGCUAUGAGAAAACAGCCACUGUUUUUCAUACUCAUGUACCUCAAGGACGAGUUGGAAGCCACAUCUCCAUCUACAGGAGAAAAACUGAAAUUAAUUAUCCCUGAAGAUCAGGCUGGACCUCGGACCUAAUGAGAUCAGUUUUGCAUAUCAGUAGCUAUGCUUACACCUGGUACUGCAGAAAGGAGAAAGCAGUGAGUCUGAAACUGGGGGAGCCAGUGGGAAGUCCCAUGAGGCAGCCAGUGGCUGCCUGCAAACACAUAAACCUCCUCCUGAAGGCAGCUUCAGUAGCAGUAGGGCAGGGUGGGGCUGCUGACCUACCUUACAACACUAGAAAACAUUGGGAAGACCAAAAUUACCAUAUGAGUACUAAAGCAAUAAAAUACAGACAAGACUGGACCGUUUUUAUAGAACUGUACAGCUGUGCUGAGUUUCUUUUAUAAAUAAAGACUUUUACCCA